GCUGAGUUACCCUAGCUAACAUUUCCUCUUCCACACACACACACCCACUCAUGGCGACUCGGAGAGUUUUAUCAUCUCUUCUCCGUUCAUCUUCCGGCAGAUCUGCUUCCAAAUUAGGCAACCGUAACCCCAGGCUUCCUUCUCCUUCACCCGCGCGUCACGCCGCUCCAUGUAGCUACCUCCUCGGCCGCGUCGCCGAGUACGCGACCUCUUCACCGGCAAGCUCAGCUGCGCCGUCUUCUGCUCCUGCUAAGGAUGAGGGGAAGAAGACCUAUGAUUACGGUGGCAAAGGUGCGAUCGGGCGUGUUUGCCAGGUCAUCGGUGCCAUUGUUGAUGUGAGAUUCGAGGAUCAGGAAGGAUUGCCUCCGAUCAUGACAUCUCUCGAGGUGCAGGAUCAUCCCACAAGGCUGGUGCUUGAGGUGUCUCAUCACUUGGGUCAAAAUGUCGUCAGGACCAUUGCUAUGGAUGGUACUGAGGGUCUUGUCCGUGGAAGGAAAGUUCUCAACACUGGUGCUCCAAUCACUGUGCCUGUUGGAAGAGCGACCCUUGGACGUAUCAUGAAUGUUCUUGGAGAACCCAUUGACGAGAGGGGCGAAAUUAAGACCGAACACUACUUACCUAUUCACAGAGAUGCACCGGCUUUGGUUGAUCUAGCUACUGGGCAAGAGAUCCUGGCCACUGGUAUUAAGGUUGUUGAUCUUCUUGCUCCUUACCAAAGAGGAGGAAAGAUUGGUCUCUUUGGCGGAGCUGGUGUUGGGAAAACUGUGCUUAUUAUGGAACUGAUCAACAAUGUUGCAAAAGCUCAUGGUGGUUUCUCUGUGUUUGCUGGUGUGGGAGAACGAACCCGUGAAGGCAAUGACUUGUACAGAGAAAUGAUUGAGAGUGGUGUCAUCAAGCUAGGCGAGAAGCAGUCCGAGAGCAAGUGUGCUCUAGUGUAUGGACAAAUGAAUGAGCCCCCGGGUGCCCGUGCUCGUGUUGGACUGACUGGUUUGACUGUUGCCGAGUAUUUCCGUGAUGCUGAAGGCCAGGAUGUCUUGCUUUUCAUUGACAACAUCUUCCGUUUCACCCAGGCCAACUCUGAAGUGUCUGCUUUGCUGGGUCGUAUCCCGUCUGCUGUGGGUUACCAGCCAACUCUGGCUUCCGAUCUUGAUCCUGCUCCUGCCACAACUUUUGCUCACUUGGACGCCACAACUGUGCUUUCAAGACAGAUUUCUGAGCUUGGUAUCUACCCUGCUGUGGAUCCUUUGGAUUCGACGUCCCGUAUGCUCUCGCCCCACAUUCUUGGUGAGGAGCACUACAACACUGCUCGUGGUGUGCAAAAAGUGCUACAGAACUACAAGAACUUGCAAGAUAUUAUCGCCAUUUUGGGUAUGGAUGAGCUAAGUGAAGAUGACAAGCUGACUGUUGCCCGUGCCCGUAAGAUCCAGAGAUUCUUGAGUCAGCCAUUCCAUGUUGCUGAAAUCUUCACUGGUGCCCCUGGAAAAUAUGUCGACCUUAAAGAAAACAUCAACAGUUUCCAGGGUUUGUUGGAUGGCAAGUACGAUGAUCUUUCCGAACAAUCGUUUUACAUGGUUGGAGGUAUCGAUGAGGUGGUUGCAAAGGCAGAGAAGAUCGCUAAAGAGUCGGCAGCUUAAGGGAUUAUUGAUUCAUCUCUUUCAUAUGCUUAAUACUUCUCUUCUUCUUUUGUUGACAAUAACGAAAAAAAAAACAAGGGCAAUGCUUUAGGCUGUUCUGCUGAUGCAUUGUGAUCAUUGUGAGUGUGAGAGAUAGUACGGAGAAAACAGAUUCAUUCGUUGAAGUUUUUGAAUUGGAAUAAAGGAGACAAGUGUUGAUGUUUUCAAUCUCUCCACAUUUGUGUUCAAGCUUUUGUAUUAAGGAUUUACAGAAUUCAAUGUUUUGCUGUUCAAAGUAACAGACUCAUUUGACAAGAAAUGUUAGAAUAUCAG